CGCCGCUAAAAAGCACGGUUUCUGACACCACCACCCCUACCAAAAAUCUGAUUUGUGAUCGUGGGUGCUUGGUCGUCACAUUGAGGGUGUCAGUGAGCGUGUGUCAGGGACCUAACUCAGCGGGACAGGAAGGACCGAUUCACCCGUUAGUGUGACGCCACCAUUCAGCUUCUUGGUUUCGUUGUGGACAUAAUAAUAGUGGGUAUUUAUCCGAGAAGUGCUCUCAUAGUGGCGCGAGCCUCAGCUGUCUUUAGGCUAGACUUGACCGUCAACGAGGCAGCGUGAGUAAACCCUUGUCAUUGUAGAAGUGUUUCCACCGGAAGAGAACCAGAAAAAAAGGUGCCCUUGUUUUCUGUUCUGAAAAUAGAAGUCAUAGAAUUGUUUACUUGUUCCUUUUUGGUCACUUCACAAUGUAGGGGUAUGUUUUUUGUCCUUACUCAACGGCCAGGAAAUUGCAACAUUUUUAGGUGGAGUUCGUCGGAUGUCUUGCGUCAAAAAGUAUUAGUUCGUUGUUAACGGUUAAACAACAUUAGAAGUGUGCACUUCCACACGAUUCCUUCUGAUAAACUUAUCGACGGGGGUAGACAAGGGGGAGAAUGUGAGUACACGUCAAUCUAGUUUAGUCUUAUCAUCACUCGGAGCUCAGUCGAAGUAUCAUCGGCUAAUGACCUAACAAGCCAAGGCAUCAGUGAGAAUAUAGGGCCGGGUUGAGACCUCGAAGGAAAUAACCCGAAUUGCUUGUAUUAAGUAAACUCCUAAGAAGGAAGAAAACUUUGGAUUAUCGCGCGUCUAAACCUGGCAGGUCCGUCGAUCAAUCUACGUCUCAUCUCAGACGGCGACUCCCCGUACAUGGAACACGCCAAUAAAGUGUCCACCAAAAACUGCCAGGUAUUAAGGGAGUAGGACCUAAAUGGGGGCACGGCAUUCCGAGAGAACGAGAUCAUAGUCCGACCAGCCAUGUCGACGGAUAGCGAGACCGAGAGGCGCGUCAGCAGCACCGAUGAUGAUAGCGGCCACGAGUCGGCCAGCGAUCUCUCCAUACGGACUAAAUUCACGAACUUCUUCAUCGAUAACAUACUCCGGCCGGACUUCGGCAGGAUCAAUUAUGAGGAGGACGAAGGUGAAGACGGAGACGGGGAGGAAGAUGUCGUCAAGAGGGACGAGUAUCAGGAGAGGAAGCUAGAGAAUAAAUCUUGCGGGAAACUGAGAACGGGAGAAGUGGUGAAAGAGAGUACAACGAGAAAACAAGACCACUGGCCAGCAUGGGUGUACUGCACGAGGUAUUCAGAUAGACCGUCAUCCGGACCACGAACCAGACGUUUGAAACCACGCGGCUCAUCAUCCCAGUCCACAACGGACACCAGCGAAGCAGCCAACACGCGCAGAGAGGAAAAGCGCCCUCGCACGGCCUUCAGCGCCCAACAACUCCAGAGGCUCAAACACGAGUUCCAGCAGAGCAACUACCUGACCGAGGAACGACGUCGCGGUCUGGCGGCCGAGCUGAGGCUGAACGAAUCCCAGAUUAAGAUUUGGUUUCAGAACAAACGGGCCAAGAUCAAGAAAGCUAAUGGGUUAAGGAAUUCGCUGGCCUUGCAGUUGAUGAAACAGGGAUUGUAUAACCACUCUACAGUGGCGAUAACUGCUGCUACCGCAGAGAAUCAACCCAAAGAAAAUACGGUCAAUUAAGGAAUGCCAGCUCAUUUAUUAUUCAGAAUACACACGUAGAAGUUUUACGGAACAGUGUGUAGCACGUGUGACGAUGAUGAAAAUUUGACCUAUCCCAGGCCUGGUACGUCACGGAUGCAACGGAGUCAAGUGCCUCCUUGACCCCUGGUAAUUUUUGUGGUGCUCUUGAAAUGCAUAAGUAGAAACUUACAAUUUCCUCAUAGGGUGCCAUUAAUACCAAGGAGAAAAUGCCUUGGUGCCCUGGGCCCUUUCAAAGGCGAAACAACAGGACUGCGAUCCCAUUAUGUAUCAAAGACACUGCUGUGCUAAUUACACAUUAUGAACAUCGUUUGUUUCAAAUGCAAGAUUG